AUGCCGCGCUUCCAGGACUUCGACAUUGGCAUCGCCAUGGACAGCAUCAAGUGCACGGAAUUCAACGUCGACGUCGACUUCGACGCUGCUAUCACUACGUGCUAUAUUGAAAGCAUCAUCGGAAAGAACUUCGUCUGCGACUUCAUGAACCACUCCGAAGACACCGACUUCGCAAUCAAGCCGACCUUCGAUGGCGCCAAGCUGCGCCCGUUCUUCGCCGAGGCGGGCCUCAAGGGUCACAAGGCGGGCCUUCACUUGAACACGACCUUCUUGCGACCGUUCGAGUUUGCACCGACGCUGAUCAUCGAAGAUAGCACUACCAACCGCACGAUGCCGAGCGAUAACGGCAUCGGCACACUCACCUUCGAGAUCUGGCGCGUCAAGAGCGUCCAUCGACGCGACAUGGAUGAAAAUCAGCGCGGAAGCAAACGCCGCCGCACUGAGGACGGUAGCGUCGUCACGGCUGAGCGCGUAGAACCCGAAAGAAGAGAAGGUGAUCUUCACCGUCUCUUACCGCCAUUUCGAACAAGGGACUCAUGA